ACACACACACACACACACACACACACACACACACACACACACACACACACAGAACUGCGCACGCGCAUUCAGCGAGGCGCGCAGCCGGCCGGCGCUUUUCCCGCUCUCCGCGUGAGGAGAGGCACGAAGCGCGUGCUUGGCGUCUGUGCAGCUCCUGGUUCGCUGUCUUUUUUCGUCUUCCAAGAUGACGACGCCAGCCAUCAUUUCCUCCUGCCUUUGGUCCGUCAGGCAGUCGGCUGGGAUCCGCUCCUACGUUAGGCUUUUUCUGCGGUACAGUGGAUACAAUUUGUUAUGGCUACUCUGAGUGUUAUAGGUUCAAGUUCACUUAUUGCCUAUGCUGUAUUCCAGAAUAUACAGAAAUCUCCAGAGAUGAGGCCACUCUUUUAUCUGAGCUUCUCUGACCUCCUCCUGGGGAUAUGCUGGCUCAUUGAGGCACUUCUCUAUGGAACUUCAACAGCGAAUAAGGACAUUAUCUGCUAUAACCUGCAAGCAGUUGGACAGGUUAUAGAUAAUACUUAUCGAAUUGGUCAAAUAGCCAUCAUUUUGUCAAGCCUGAUACCUUUACUAUUGAUGAUACCUGUAUUCUGUCUGGGCAAUGCCAGCGAUUGCUUCCUCAACUUCAGCCAGAGCCACAGGUGUAUCCUGAUAUACUCAUCACCAUCAGCCAUGGCUGAACUCCUGCCUCCUGCCAACACAUCCAUCUGUAGCACACUUUAUUUUUAUGGACUCGCCAUUUUCCUGGUCAGCUUUCUACUCAGCCUCCUCACCAUUGUGGUCUUACUCAUCCAAGCCCAGAUGCUCUAUAAGAAGUUCGUAAAAUCAACUGGCUUUCUGGGGAGUGAACAGUGGGCAGUGAUUCACAUUGUGGAGCAGCGAGUACGCUACUACCCAGUGGCUUUCUUUUGCUGCUGGGGCCCAGCUGUCAUUCUGAUGGUCAUAAAGCUGAUCAAGCCACAGGACACCAAGCUUCACAUGGCCCUCUAUAUUCUCCAGGCUCUAACAGCAUCAUCCCAGGGUCUGCUCAACUGUGGAGUAUAUGGCUGGACACAAUACAAGUUCUUUCAACUAAAGCAAGAGGCUCGGCGUGAUGCAGACACCCAGACACCAUUAUUAUGCUCACAGAAAAGAUUCUAUAGCAGGGGCCUAGAUCCAUUGGAGUCUACCCUUACUUUUGCUACCAGCUCCUCCACCGUUCUUUGAAACUAUAAUACUGGAAUAUCCAGGAACUAGAGUUAUUCCACACGAAGGGAUUGGGAAGAGUGUUGGAGAACAACAUCUUAAGUCUUUUCUAACCAUACCUUAAACUAUGAAAGUGAAAGAGAAUAUAAGUACCAUGGUUAGUAGCUAUUAGGUGAAUUGGACAGGAUCUCUUCAUUCUCAGAUUCACUAGUGAUUCUUAAAGUCUUUGUUCAGGGAGAUGAAGCCACUUUCCAUCUAAAAGACUCAUGUUACCUCAAUUAAUAUUGGAUUUGUGUAAGCCUUUUCUAGAAAAAUUAAUUCCAGGUUAUUAUUUUUACAUGUCACUUCCAGGCUCUCUACUCCAUGGUGCAGGGGAAGUAGGGUGGCAUGUAAUAGUUUGCUCAGAUCUUGUCAUUGCUAUUACUGUCUCUGAGGUUGGACAAAGAAAGUUAUGGGUUUCUGUUCUUUGAAGAGGUUUAGAAACUCAGAAUAAGCAAGGACAACAGCUAUGAAAAAAGUGACGGUGGGAUCCUCAGAUACACUAUAUCCUAGUCUCUUAUAUGGUCAGUGCUCUUCUAGUUCUUGGCAGUAUGGACCAUCCUACGCUAGAAAAUUAAUGCCAAUCUUUUGAAGUUACAGGGGAUAAGAUUUAAGAGACAUCAUGACUAAAAGAAACUCUAGUAAUCAAAAACUCUAAACUGUCAUUCACAAGUAGAAGUCCAAAGUAGGUUUCUAUGCCAGUACAUUGAAUUAGGUGGAAGCAUAUGAACUUGCCAUUUUUGUAGGUGAAAGUGAUCUAAUAUCAUCAGUAUUACAUGGUUCAAUCUAGCAGUAAGUGCUAAAUAUGUUAUAGAAUAAAUGAAUGAACAAAUGAAUGAAUGAAUGAAUGAAUGAAUAAUAAGUAGACUUUGAACCUUUUGGGAAAGAAAAGAUUCCUGGACUGCAGAGUCACAUUUAUGAGUAAGAAUGUCUAAUCUGGGAUACUAUCCUUCAACUCCUUAUCAUCCCUGUUUAUGGCUUAAAAAAACUACACCCCAACACCAUGUGUCCUGCAUGGGGAACUGGGUGAGUGUUUGGUGUUUUUCCGUGUGUGGGGGCCUUUGGAUGUUUUCACAUAUCAGCCUCCCACAUUUUACAGCUUUGGCCUUGCACUUGCUGAAGAUCUUAAAAAUCCGAUUAGAUUAACUGCCAGUUUCUAGACCUGUCCCUCUUGGUAUUCAUGUAAUUAUAGCCAAUUGGAGGUACCAUUAAAGUAUUCUUGGAGGUCACCCUCAUCCACAGGUGGCAGGGUAUGGUUGCCUUUAAAAUUUUGCAAUUUUUGCUGCAGGAUCCAAAUGCACAAUCUGAACUCUUCUUUAGCCAGCAUGAGGGCAGACAACAGUAAUCUUUUUGACAAUGAAGGACGCUGCCACAAUCACAUUCUUCUUUAUCUAUUCCCUUAUUCCCACCAUAGGACUUUUCAAAGUAGCUUUGGAGCUAAGGUUUAUGAAACAGACAGCCCCCUCUGUGCUUAUGUAACGGCUGGUGGAAGUAGUGGAAGCUACAGUUGCUGAAGCCCAUAUCUAUAGUAAUAAGUUCAUGCAUACUCAUGCAUUGCAGGCCACAUGGUCACGCUUCAUUCUCAAGUUGUGGCCAAGUUCAUGAGCCAUGAGAGCUGUGUAAUGUGCUGUAGCUUCAUGACAGAAAGGUUGUUAGCAGUGCAGAUACCACUGAGAAAUGCAUGGCCAUGGUACUUCCCGAGACUUUGGCCAAUAAUCACAUGAGCAACAUCAUGCUUCACCCUUCUCAAAAAAUGCUAGUCUCUCCAGCAGUCAAAAUUUGAAGUAUUUCCUGCAAAUCCAGGGAGAUUUUUUCACUAGGUUUCUCGCUCUCCGUAUCUCUAACCCAGUAAAUUCUGCUUUCAUAUUUAGCUCCUUCAUGUACCUGUUGACCAGAGCAAGGGCAUCCAUUAUCAUUUGUGUAGUUGUUUUAUUAUUAUUUGGAAUUGCUUAUUGUCAACCACAAUAAACAUUUCUACAUACUUGGGAAGUAUCCAUGUACAGGGCAUAGGAACUGAGGGUUCUUUCUGCACUGAAAUUGAGAAGUGGUUAAGAGCUCCCUCUAUUCAUCUCCACCGACUGCACAAAACUCACCUGAUUUUUAGGAUAGGCUGUAAAUUGUAUGCUCAAAAUUCUUUGAAGUUUCAAUAGGCUUGAUGUAAAAGUCAGUGCCAUCUCAGGUCAGGAUUCCCUUUAGCCCUGAGCAAGUGUUGAUAGUCACAAGAGAAUACCCUCUGAGUAUCCAGUCACCCUGAAUAAAAGGCAUGUCUAAGUUCUUGACAAAUAACCCUUUCUUUUGCUUCAAAUUAAUAAUGUGCCAUUUUCCUUGUAUGAGCAGGACAUGGGCCACAUUUUCUGUUUUUUCUCUCAGUUCUCUGAACAUCACUAGGUUCCUAGGCAUGACUAUUUUGUAAUAAAGAUAUUCCCACUCACAAUGCAUCCCUUGAAGUAUAGUUACUAUCAGCAGUAAGAUGACAUGCAGCUUAAUAAGGGAAGGGCCCAUUGUCAAGCGUCCCACCUAGGGAUUCCUGGAAGACAAAUUAUUCCAAACCUUACCCAUGACCACUUGAUUUCAUGGAAGAAAGGGCAGAGGGGAGGCAAAGCAACUGACUGGGAUUGUCAUUGUCAUGGCCCAAGUAAAACAGCUAGUGAUCCAGACCUCUGUCCCGCAGUUGCCUUCCCUGAGACCCAAACCUUUGUGACACAGUUGUUUGGCCAAAGCUCAAAGCUGUGCUGCCUGCCAGAAAGACAGCUGCUCCCACCCCGAGUAUUACAUGACAACACCUGCCUUUUGGCUGUGUCUUUUCCUACUGUUGUGCUCUCUCUCUUUAGGAGUGUCCUUACUUUGCAAUCUCCCCCAAGAACAAAAGUAUUUUGCCCGUUAGCUGUACUCCUGCUGUCUUAGUAGAGGGGUAUACCAAGGAAAGGAAACUUUCAGAGGCCCCGUCAGUACUAUGACCCAGAAUCAGGCUCUGAGAAAAGAAAACAUAUAACCACCUUCUCUUUGUCCCUGUCCCCAUGGAACAGCCUUCCCCUCCUGCCAUCUGUUAUUCUUUUGAGUCGUUGAAACUAAAGGUUUCAGAGCAGGGGUUUGUAGAUCCCUGGGUAGGUCACGGGCCUCUGCUGUCUAGUGCUUUUUACACCAUUUCCUACUCUGUACCAUACAGCCCUUUUCAAACCUCCAAUACUUUUCCUUUUCCCCCUGUUAUUCACAAUAUGUUUAUUUAUUUGCCCAAUCCUAUAAUACAUGUAAAGUAUUUUUAGAAUAACCCAUGCCUCUGUGACUAGCAAAUAUACUAACUGGAGAACAA